AUGAUUCCCCACUUUAGCAGCGAGACCCUCCUAGCCGCCACCUCCUCCUCACACAAUGAACCCACUUUGAUGCGCAGUUCUGCUGCCAUGAGUGUCGAUGCUACCACAAACCAUGUGGUUCCUGUGGUGAUGGAAGGUCCUGCCAGCAAACGACAAAAGGGAUCUGAUCCUGUCGAGUCUGGUUCCAACCACAGCCACACUAGUACUGUCAGCACGGUCUCCAUUAGCAGUUCUUCCAGCGGUGGCUCUGCCAGUACCAGUACCAGUAGUUCUUCCGUGUCCAGUCGACUGGCCAACAGUGCCACCUUUCCAUUGGCACCACAACAAGCACAAGCACAAGCACAACAGUCUCAACAAGCACAGUCUCAACCAGAACAAGCCACUCCUCUGCAUUCCAAUGUCAAGAAACAAGCCCGUCGUCAUGUCAGCUUUGCUCCUGUCACAAGCAUGGUUUCGAACGAAUGGUCACGGGAAGAAGUCGAUGCUGGAUGGUACACUAAAGACGAAUUGAGCGUGUUGAAACAAGAACGCAAGGCAUUGGUCAAAGUCUUGAAAAAGGUCCGCUUUGACUUGUCCAUGAUUGAUCAAUCCGUCCAUUGUCUUCGCGGGUAUGAAGCCUACCUCAGUAUUCAAGCCAACAAAGAGUACAAAGCCAAACGACAAAUGGUAUGGGAAAGUGUCCUAAGAGAACAAGCACGACAACGCUACAUGCGCAUCUCCGAUCCUCUCAUGAUGCAACUCGUCAGUGGCCAUGCUACCCAAUGGGCACGGGAUACCGCCACCGAGUUGGGAAUGAAAGAUGCACAAGUCGCACUUGCCAUCUUUGUCGAGUACAUGCACGAACAACAAGAAGAUGAUAUUGUAGACGAUGAUGACGAUGACUACUACAAUUACAACUACAACAACAACCAACAAGAAGGUGAGGAGGAUGUCUUUAAUCCUGAACUUCUCUUGGAAAUGCCACUUCCCGUGGAAAACAACUCACAACAACAGCAACAAUCCUUGUUGGAGGAGGACAUGGAACCCAUCUCGGCACAAGAUUGCUUUGGUCCUCCUGUCAACAUGGAUGAAUCUCUUCAACGAUCUUCCACGGCACACCAUCGCAAUCGAUUCCCACUCAAUGAUGCUUCGGAACUGUCCUGCUCCUCCUCCAUGCAAUCUGCAUUCUUCUCGGAAGAAUCAUCACAGCAGCAACAGUGCCAUGUCCGAAGGCAACGACCCCUAUAGACUAGCUAGACAACUACUAGCUAGCUAGCUAGUAUCUGAUACCUGAUAUCAGGGGGGAACAAAUCACACACACAAGUGUGGACACCAUGUCCACAGCAACUAUCAAACAAAACAAACGCAUAAAGAAAGAAACAACAACGGCAAACGAUAGAGCCUUACCAAACCUAAUGACAACAAACACUGUGCCAAUAGCAGUGUAGAAUCUCAUUAUUCAUAAAAACAGACUUUCUGAAACACCUAACCACAAACGCUACCCUAGCUAGCUAGCUCUACUACGCAGUCUCCAGCUAGCUAACUAGACUAUAGAUGUCAACAGGACUCGACU